AUGCUAUACCUAGGAAAUCUGUUCUAUGUUUCCUGCCUGCUCAUCAACGCCGUGGCAAUCCUCUCAGAAGAUCGCUUCCUGGCCCGCAUCAGCCUGUCACCAGCCUCAUACGACCCUGCCUUUGGAGCGGGUGCAGAUUCCCAGAGUGUUCAAGCCAAGAUUGUCCAUUUGAUUGCCAGUGUACGGACAUUAAUGAGAAUGCCUUUGAUAGUUGCAAACACCCUGAUUAUUAUAUACGAGUUGGUCCUUGGUUAA